CUGUUAUUAGUGCAAGUUAAUGGAAUAACUAUUAAAAAAAAAAGGUUAAUGGAAUAAUAAUUGUAACAAUGUAGGAGUUUCUGGACCGACUAUUGAUGGAUCAUGGAAAUUUGGAUCUUGAAUGGGUACGGAAUGUCCCCCCUCAUCAAGCAAAGGAGUUUCUUCUAAGCAUAUACGGAUUGGGGCUGAAGAGUGCACAUUGUGUCCAACUUUUAACACUCAAACAACCUGCAUUUCCUGUUGAUGUAAAUGUUGCUCGUGUGACAGUGCGUCUGGGGUGGGUUCCAGCCCCACCAAAUACUUGUGAUUUGCUUCAGAUGUCUGUUUUGGAAGAGUAAGCGUGCUCUGCUCUUAUUUCUUUGUUGAAACACCACUGAUUUCUCUGAUAACAAACUGUAAAUGUUCUACUUGUAGGGAUUCAAAGCUGCAUGAAUUGAUUAAUCAUUAUCUUUUUCCACGGUUAUGCAAACUUGACCCAAAGAC